GCGGCCUAGGCUUGCAGAGGCCUACUCUAGCAGCGCCUCCCUCCUCCUCCUCCUUUAAAGCUCUUCUCCUCCUUCUCUUUCUUGGGCAUGGAAGGCUCCUGAUGAAGGGAGCAAUGGGGCAGCCUAAGGAGGCCGGGCUGGGAGGCCACUGCUGGGCCUGAGGAGCAGGGAGAGACCCCGCCGAGGGCCAAAGAAGAGCCGAGCAGUGAUGGGGCCAGCCUACUCUCCUUUGGAAAGGAAUGCCACAGACUGGGAGGAACCACUGAAAAGACCCUCUUGCAUCUCCUCACCAGACAGCCCUGUGGGACUGAGAGACAGAGAGAAAGGACCAUAAAUCUCUGGCAGGUUCUUACAGGGAGAUACGAUUUUUCAGGAUAAUGGCAGGAAAAGUAAAAUGGGUGACUGACAUAGAGAAAUCUGUACUAAUAAACAACUUUGAAAAGAGAGGGUGGGUUCAGGUUUCAGAAAAUGAGGACUGGAACUUUUAUUGGAUGAGUGUACAAACUAUUCGAAAUGUUUUCAGUGUCGAAACUGGUUACCGCCUUUCUGAUGACCAGAUUGUCAACCAUUUCCCAAACCACUAUGAACUCACCCGAAAGGACUUAAUGGUAAAAAAUAUCAAGAGGUAUAGGAAAGAAUUAGAAAAAGAAGGUAGUCCUCUUGCAGAGAAAGAUGAAAAUGGAAAAUACCUUUAUUUGGACUUUGUCCCUGUAACUUUCAUGCUCCCAGCUGAUUACAAUUUAUUUGUGGAAGAAUUCCGGAAAAAUCCUUCCAGUACUUGGAUUAUGAAGCCCUGUGGAAAAGCUCAAGGAAAAGGAAUCUUCCUUAUCAAUAAACUUUCACAAAUUAAAAAGUGGUCUCGAGACAGCAAAACAUCAACGUUUGUAUCUCAGUCCUCUAAAGAAGCAUAUGUGAUUUCUCUGUACAUCAAUAAUCCACUACUGAUUGGUGGGAAGAAAUUUGACCUGCGCCUGUAUGUGUUAGUGUCAACUUACCGUCCUUUGAGGUGCUAUAUGUAUAAACUCGGCUUUUGUCGAUUCUGCACGGUAAAAUAUACACCAAGUACAAGUGAAUUGGACAACAUGUUUGUACAUCUUACAAAUGUUGCCAUUCAGAAGCAUGGGGAUGAUUACAAUCACAUUCAUGGUGGCAAAUGGACAGUGAGCAAUCUGCGCUUGUAUCUUGAAAGCACUCGAGGGAAAGAGGUCACCAGCAAACUGUUCGAUGAAAUACACUGGAUAAUUGUGCAGUCACUGAAGGCUGUUGCACCUGUAAUGAAUAAUGAUAAACACUGCUUUGAAUGCUAUGGAUAUGAUAUUAUCAUUGAUGACAAGCUUAAGCCAUGGCUUAUUGAGGUCAAUGCUUCUCCUUCUCUUACUUCCAGUACUGCCAAUGACCGUAUACUCAAAUACAAUCUUAUUAAUGAUACGCUCAACAUUGCUGUACCUAAUGGGGAAAUUCCAGACUGUAAAUGGAAUAAAUCACCCCCAAAGGAAGCACUUGGAAAUUAUGAGGUUUUAUAUGAUGAAGAGAUGGCUCAAAGUGAAAUGCCAGAUCGUGAUUUACGAAGUCGCUCUGGACAGCCCAUUGGUUUUAAGGGAAACCGUGCCAGAGACACUGGAAAAUCAGGGCCCCUUUCAUGGAAGUAGCUGCAGCAUGCACUGAAGACUCUUGCUUUUUGAACUUUGGGGGAACUGAUCUGUUAAAAUGAAUGCUCAGAUUUGGAGGACAUUUCAUUUUGCAAAAUGCUCUUGGGGGAAAUAACUUUGCUCAAGGAGGACAGGAUAUUUUUUCUGUAUUGUCAGCAGAGGUCUGUACACAACUGAUUUAGUGCCACAUACUGUAUAUGAGUAUUUAUAUAAUUAAAUGCAGUUGCUACAGGAUUGUUAUGCUGCAUGUUGUAUCAAGGAAUUGUAAUAUAUAGUAUGUGUUAAUGCAAGCGGGAUUGACUUUUUUUUAAAAUAAAAAAUGGUUUCC